GCAGCACGCCACGCACGCGCCGUGUCUCUCUGCCAGUUAGCAGAGGCGGUUGCGCACUUUUCGUUCGUUUCGCGGCUCGGGGCUGCGAGGCCGCAGUGGGAGCCGGAACGGGGCCAUGCACCGACAGAGCUUCCGCCCCCCCACGCCUCCGUACCCGGGCGGGGGACCCUGGGGCGGCGGGUUUCGGAGCCCUCCCUCCGGCGGGGGCCCUGUGCCGCCUUCCCCGCGGGGCUACGGGAGCCCCCACCACACGCCGCCGUACGGCCACCGGCCCUACUCGCCCCGAGGCCACAGCUUCCAUGGCGGCGGCGGGCGGUUUGGGAGCCCGUCCCCGGGGGGUCAGAGCCCGCGCAGGCCGCACAGUGCCAGCCCCAGGUACUCGGCCCCCUACGGCAACGUGUCCCCGGCCGCGGCCCAGCAGCGUCCGCCGCACCAUCCGCAGCAAUACAAGUCCUCGCCGCGGGGCUCCCAGAGAUACUACCAGGGAUCACCCAGGACAUCUACUCCAUUUGGUACAGCGCAUGGCAGAGGGAAAAGAGUGUCUAAUGAUGUGGAAAGCUAUUACAGACCUUCAAUGCUUGAGGACCCAUGGGCUGGCCUAGAGCCAGUUUCUGUUACAGACAUAAACCAACAAUACAGCAGUGAGCAAACAACAUAUACUGGUAAAAAAGGGAGGUAUUUCAGUUAAUGUUUCUAAAAGCCAAAUAACUCCAUCUGUCAGGAAAACUUUGGGACAAAAUCUUUACACCUACACAAAAUGAACCGUAAUCAAGAUCCUAGCUAUUGCUUUUAUUUGAACAAAUGUCCACCCUUUUAUCUGACUUCUUUUUACUGCAUUGGAUAUUUUUAUGUAUGGAGGGAAAAGUAGUGGUGGAUAAUACACAUUUCUGGCUACAUGGAAGUGCCUACCAGCUUUGAAGAACAAAGUGUUCUUUAAUCACCAGCGAUUGAUUUGUGUCUGUUAAAACAGGUUUCCCUAUAUUUACCUCUUCCAUGCCAGAUAGUUAACCUAACUUUUAUUGUUAACUCCUUUAGGAAGUGGUAUUUUUUUAUGUUUCAAUGUUUUUAGAAUGAAGUGUGGAAAUACAAAAAAACAAAAACCUUUGUAAAUCCUUGGUUUGUAAUGUAAAAAAAAAUAUUUUAGGACUUUUUUGUUAAGGUGUACUUGGCAAAGAAGUAAUUAGUGAAAUUAGUUAUAUUCUGUAAAUAUAAUGCUUGUAUUCUGUGGUUAAAUUUUGAUUUUGUACACAAUUUUUUGUUAAUUCUAGUGUAAAUAAGUGAAACAUGAGUUUUAGCCAUCUCAGGAAACCAAUGUAUUGUAUUUGGAAAGUUUAAUUUGUUAAACCAGCUCUUGAAUGAUAAAUGUCUGUAAUCAUGUUUGGGUUGUGUGUUUUUGUUUUGUUUUUUGUUUGUUUGUUUUUUGGGGGUUGCAUUUUAAAGGAUUCAUAUUUGAAAACAAAAUAGAGAUUUAUGGAUUAUAGCAAACAAAUCUGUUUUCCGGCAAAUAAAAAUUAACUUUCACAUAAACAUUAGAUAAUUAAAUGAAUACAAAGAUGUCAUCUUGCUCAAAUUUUUAGAAUAGUGUAGAUCUGGUGAUGAAUGAAACUCAGUUUGUAUGAUUAAAUAAUUGAAUUCAGUGCAUACCAUAACACUUCAUUCUUAAAUUGUCCAUUAGCAUUUAUAACUCUCUUCUGACUUGGAUAAAGAAACGAGAUUAAUA